AUGGCAUUGGCCGAUAAGAUCGUAAAUGUGCGCUGCGUUUCGGAAGUAGUCAGUGACGUGCACAGACGGAAUAAGCCAAGAGUGGACACCCGGAUGCGGUUCAGCCUGGACCCCAGUGCGGGGGACACGGGCUUCGCCCAGUGGCGGGACGCCAUGAAGAUGGUGGCCAGGCUGCCCGAGGGCAUCCCCAAGGAAUUUCGAAAGAAGCUGUGGCUGACGCUGGCCGAGCGCUACGUGGCUAGCCGCAAGCUGGACUGGGAAUCCACGCAGAGGGUCUGCUUCAACGAGCGCUGUAAUCCCGACGACCACAACCUCGGCGUCCAGAUUGUCAAGGACCUGCACCGCACGGGCUGCAGCCUGUUCAGCGGGGAGCUGGCCGAGCAGAACCAGGCGCUGCUCAAACGUGUACUGCUGGCGUACGCGCGCUGGAACAAGUCCGUCGGCUACUGCCAGGGCUUCAACCUCCUUGCCGCCUUCGUCCUCGAGGUGGUCGACUGGUGCGACCGCAACGCGCUCAAGAUGAUGAUCUUCCUGGUGGAAGGCGUCCUGCCGGAGGGCUACUUCGCCAACCAUCUGCGAGGCCUGUCGGUGGACAUGGCCGUCUUCCGGGACCUGCUCCGGCUCAGGCUGUCCGCUCUGGCCAGGCACCUGGACGACCUGCAGAUGGGUGCAGGGGAGUCCAGCUCAGGCACGAGCUACGAGCCUCCGCUGACGAACGUGUUCACGAUGCAAUGGUUCCUGACGUUGUUCACCACGUGUCUGCCCAAGGCCACCGUGCUCAGGGUCUGGGACCUCAUCCUCCUCGAAGGGAACGAGGUGCUCCUGCGCACCGCCCUCGCCAUCUGGGACGGACUCGCCGACCGCAUUAUGAGUGUGAACAGCGCGGACGAGUUCUACAGCAUCAUGGGAGUGCUCACCCGGGAAAUGGUCGAGUUCGGACUCAUGGACGCCAACGAGCUCGUCAAGACCAUCUGCACGAUGGCCCCGUUCCCGUUCCCCCAGCUGACGGAGCUGCGCGACCGCUACACCUACAACAUCCGGCCGCUGCCUUCUUCCUCCCUGCCUCGACACGGACUGCGGCUCUUCUUCGGCGACGACGACGACAACGACGCCGACAGCGACCACCAGGUGGUCGUGGCCGCGGCGUGGUGCAUCUCGAACGCCUUCCUCGUCAACAAGAACAGGGGUCAGGGGAACACCCAAGCGACGUCACCGAACCCCAUAGACCCCAGCCGCAUGACCCUGGACAUCUCGACACUCAAGAGGCAGUACUCCAAGCUCAGGCAGCGCCAGAAGCAGGCGCACAUAAUCCUGACCGGUAGUCUGCAAGGACCUCCAGCACUGCAUCCUCCCAGAGCGCCACCCGUCGUACCUGUCAAUCAUCUCCUGGCGGGGCAGAAGCCUAUCGUGCGGAAAAGCAGGCCUCCUCCUCCCACGCUCGCUGUCCCAACAGCCCGAGCCCCUCGCGUCAAAGUCACACCGAGCGCCGGCGAGACGCUGUCCUGGGAACAGGCUAAGAAACUGAGGUCAUCGGACGUCGACGACAGCUCCAGUUACGACAGUUCGUCAACAGAACUCUGCGACGACUUCCAUAGCGUGAGGUCGUCCUCUCCCGAGGAAGUCUCCAAGGGCGGCCAGACCUCCCCCCUGCCCCAAGAACCUUCGUGGGAAGAGCAGGGCGGUUCGUCGUCGUCCGACGAAGAGGAAAAUUGGAGUAAGAGACCUAAGCGUCACGAUGACUCCUCCAACGUGGACGCGGUGUCUAACAGGGAAUCAAGUGGGACACCAAACCUGGCGCAUGGCGAGUCACCUGAAAAAACACCUGGCAUGUCACCUAACAACACGCCCAGCAGGUCGCCGACCAAGAGCUCCAGCAGAACACACAUGAAGCAAUUACGCAAGGUGUCUUCGUUGUCGACCUCUGAACCGAAAGGUCGGAACGUGGAAUUCGGCGACCUUCGUACUUCUAGUCAGGGACCAUCAGCGAUAUCCGGUCUGCCAGUUGACGACGCCGACUCUGACAAACAAGACGAAGAAACUGACACUGACGAUUGCCAGAAGAGUCUGUCGUCUGAAGAAGGCUUUUGCAAGCCCGCGCUAGAAGGGCGUUUGCAACCGCCCAGAGACGGAAUGGAGAGGGAAGGCGUUAAAAGUCGCACUUCUAAUUCUAGGGAAAAUCCCUACAAGACGCUUCCAGACAAACCUAUUUCAAGUGCCAGUAAGCAAAGCUCCGUCACGUUGUCAGAAGAAUCAAGUUCGAAGUCGUCAAGAGAGCAAAACGAGGCGACUUUGAGUGUUGCCAAACAGGAUGCAGUGCCCAAAAAAGACACCCAGGUCCUGUCCGCGGCUCAACCGCAAGAUCUACCUUCCCAGAAGCGUGACAAUGCAACAAAAACAAAAGAAAACGCUCGAACGCUCUCUGAAGACGAGUUUAAGAGGUUGUCUCUUAAGUACAGUCAAACGGCCCUGCUGGAAAGACAGGCGCUGCGAUCUUUGUCAAAGGUUUCAAGCAGGGCAUCGUCGGAAGAGCUAGCUUCUCAGCGAUCCUCUUUUAAUUCCGACCAGUCGACAUCCGAAGACAGUGAAAGAAAGUCUUCGGGCGAGACGCCCCGGAGGUGGUCACCGAGGCGCAGCAACAGAGCGAACAGAAUGGCAACAGAAGAAGUCGGGCAGCGACCGUUCGAGAGAAACGAGGCGCAUCAAACCGUGUCUAGGACCGACCAACUACCAGAGCAAGACGCUGGAUGUAGGCCUUCGUUACAAGACCACCAUCGGAAGUGGCCCGACACGAGCGAGAGCAGGAACACGUCAGAAGACGUUAGUUGGCAAUCUGUGGACGCUGAUGUCCAGUUGUCUUCCUUAACCUCUCUCUCGGAGGACGCCCACCUCUGCGUGGACUCUUCUGUGGUUCAAGCUGAGCAAGAUGAUGGAACGAUCCCGAUAGCCUCAAGCAGGGAGUCGCUGAACGGCAAGCUACACCGGUACGACUCCUCAACUUCAGAAGACAGCAGUUCAAUGUUGUCGGACAGCAAGCAUAUGCCGUCUUUCAUGUCCGACUCUCUGAUGAAGCAAGACAAACCUCCAUUAUCCGAAGCUGAGUUUCAGCGACUUCACGCGAAAUUCAGCAGAUCGAUUUCGUCAGGCAGUGAAACCAAGCCAUCGAUGAAGCGGUCUCAAAGGUCCUAUUUUCGGAAUGGGGAUAGAGUCUCGUCGGGAGACCUCAAGGCAUCGGCGUACGAAGAGGGUCCCACGACAACGCCCCUUGGGACUAACUCAGACACGACGACGGCAGAGAACAGCGGCGACGGUAGCAUGUCCGAAGAAUUGUCCGAGAAGAAACAUUCACCCGCCAGAACGAGCUCUGAUACAACGCCAGGAGGGUCACCGGUGGACAACAGCCGAUCGCCGGCGUCACCCGCCACAUCAUCCCCGACAUCCACCCCAUCGUCGCCACUAAAGUCGCCCACGAAAUCGACGCCCAAAUUCGACGCUGCCAAGUUCCUCGAAAGUCUCGUCUACGGGACGUCGACGGUCAAGUUGGACGGUCCGGUCAACGACCAAAGCGACGGCAGGCAUCCUCCGGCGAGAACCCAGAUGCCCGCAGCGCGGUCCAUGAGCUCAGACGCGUCGAUCGUUAACUCGAGCCAAAGCACUGCCUUAAAGAGCUCCCGGAACUCGGCGAAUCAUAGCGGCAGCAUGGACGGAGCCGCUACUAUGCCUGCGUGGUUCCGGAGACAGCGGGUAUCUUCCGGAGACCUGGGCGGGCUGGCAAGCCCUCCCGGUUCCCCUCGGAGAUCUAUGGGCGAGAGCUUCAACCCUUUUCCGACGGUACGUCGUCCCUCGCUGACCAGCUACGCCAGCGAGGUGGGCAUCAAGUUGGGGCUCUACUCUUCGCAUGACAAGGCGCCCAUGGCGUCGGCCUCUAACGGCUCGAAGUCCUCUUCAGUGAAGAGAUAACCUAUGCCUGGCGGAAGGCAAGGCAACCACACGCAGGUCUGGCGACCCCGUCUUCGCAGAUCGCGCUUCCUGUGCCCACGGCAGCUCCGUCAGCUGCACCAGCUAUAGGCCUUUUGGAG